AUGGGCAAAGGAAAAUCGCUGAAAUCCGCUCUCCAGUCCCAGCAAUCACGCCAAAAGCACAAGGAGCAGAUAACAAAAGCUGCUCGGCUAUCGGAACAAAAAGCGAACAGUACAAAACAGCCUAGAAAACGAAAAGUUCUUGCUCCUUCGACGUCCAAGCCAACAAUACCGUUCUCUGCAACAGAUACGAUUCUGCUCAUCGGGGAAGGAAACUUUUCAUUCGCGCGCGCUUUAAUCCAAGAUGCUCCUCUACCAUUGACUCACAUUCCACCCGGUAACAUCACCGCAACGGCGUAUGACUCUGAGGAGGAGUGCUAUUCAAAGUACCUAGAUGCUCAAGAGAUUGUUGCUCUCUUGCGAGAGCGGGGUGUCGAGGUUCAUUUCGGUGUGGAUGCGUCGAAGUUGGAUAAAAUAGCAUUGUUGAAAGGACGACGAUGGGACAGGAUAUGUUGGAAUUUCCCUCAUGCUGGUAAAGGCAUCACUGACCAGGACAGGAAUAUUCUAUCCAACCAGGUCCUUGUUUUGAACUUUUUGAGGGCAGCUGCCAGCUUGCUGAAAAUCGGACCGAUGCCUUCUGUUACUGGUUCCAAGAAGAAAAAACGCGCGAACGACGACGACGACGACGACGAAGAAGUGGAGGACGCAGAUGAGGAUAAAUCUGUGGAAACUGGCACCAGGGGCACAAUCCUUAUAACACUACGGAACGUUCCACCCUAUACUCUUUGGGAGAUUCCCAAGCUGGCGAAGCAUCCGCCUCCACCAACGUCGGGGAGUACACCACCAAAUCCUGCGUACAUAAUUCUAAGGUCUUUCGUCUUUCAUCGUGACAUUUGGAAAGGUUACGAACACCGAAUGACGAAGGGCGAACGAGCUCAUGGCACGGGUAAAACUGGAGAAGGAGGCGAGGAUCGUACUUGGGAAUUCUGCCUUAAGGAUUGA